AUGCCGAACUCAGUUCCACACAAGCCCCCUGGUAACCCACCGGCAGCACGCAAAACACGGACCGCACGAAGCAAAUACGUCCUUCGUGCUUGUCAGGAAUGUCACCGCCGACGAGCCAAGUGCGACGGACAGAAACCGUCGUGCUCUAGGUGCCUCGCUAGAGGGCUGAGCUGUGUCUUCUCGACCAACGUCGAUCACCGUGGCUCGGCGCCGAGAUCACAUGUUUCCCUCCUGCAGGCUCGUAUUGCUCUGCUUGAACAAGUGCUUCAACUUCAUGAGAUUGAUAUCGACGCUUCGAUCGCUCGUAUAACAGCGCAAAAGGCCAAGUCAGAAGCUGGAUUGCCAUCUUUAGACGUAGAGUGUCAGAAGGAUUUGCAGCAUGUUUCGCAUCGCCGUGACCAUGAUGAGCCAUUCUUCGGAGUAACGAGUGGACGUCUGGAACUACCGACCGAACCGAGUGUUGCACUACCAUCACGUAACAGCAAACCGCAUAUCUUGUCCUCUGCAGACAAGCCCAGUAUCCCACAAAACCAGCUCCAGGGACUCUUCCCUCCCGAAGUUCAGACUCUAGCAUCAGGCUCAAACAUGUCCGUAGAGCUACAAGAAAACCUCAUAAAUCUCUACUUCCAAUGGGAACAGCCCUGGUUGCAAGUAGUAGACGAAGGCCUAUUUCGAGACAGCCGGAGGAGCAAUGGCCGCUACCACAGUGCUCUUCUGCUCGACUGUAUGAUGGCGCUUGCAUCUCGCUACUCCGACAGGCCAGAUGUCCGGUCCGAUCCUCGAGACUCUAACACAGCUGGGAUGGCCUUUAUGAAAUUAGCCGAAGGGCGUCUUCAGGGUGAACUCAAGUGGCCCACCAUCACGACAGUGCAGUCACUCGCUAUUAUGGCCAUUUUCUAUGUGGCUAUAGGGUCAGAUGCAGCAGGCUGGCUGCAUCACGGGAUGGCAAUCCGACUUGUUCUUGAUAUGGGCUUCAACCUCGAUACUACUGCAGAUGCCGGCCUAGGUCGUCUGACUGAUGCCGAGGUACAGCUUCGGCGACAAAUCUACUGGGCGUUGUAUUGUUUUGAUAAGCUCUGGGCUAGCUAUGCCGGCAGAGUAUGCACCAUGUUGGACUCACAAGGUUCGGUGCCCUUAAUGGGAAACAUCUUGCCCCAUGGCAAUCAGAGCGAUUCCGUGGCGACGAGUGGACCUAGCAGGCCUUUGUUGCAUAUGUUCCUGCAGUAUCUAAGCACGCAGUGUCAGAUCUUGGAGAGAAUUUUGAGCAACCUGUACGCCCCGAAAGGACUUGAGACGGCCAAGAAAAGACAAUCCUUCUUUGAAAGCUGCUUUAUCGACCUCAAGAAUUGGCUCUUCGUCCUCCCGAAGGAACUCAAAAUUGACCCUGAUCAGCCGAGCGCGUCACCGCAUCUGUAUACCCUCCAUAUGUGCUUCCACACAUGCAUCAUCCUUCUAGCGAAGCCAUUUCUGCCAAAGAAGGCAAAUCCAUCAGAAUCAAGCAUUGCCCUGGAAGCUUGUAGGCAGGCGGCGAAAGAUAUUUGCAACCUCGGAAACCGGUACCGCACGGCAUUUGGAAGUUUCCGUCGGAGUCCUAUAACAGCAACUCACUGUACCUUGACGGCUACUCUCAUGGUCAUGUUCCUCGGCAAGGGCAGCCGUGGAGAUCUCGAUUGCUGCUUGUUGACAUUAGGUGAACUAGCUGAGUCGUGGGCUCCUGCAAAACGGUACUGGCAAACAUUAUCACGAGUGCUAGGGAAGAGAAAUAACUCUGAAGAUGGGGACACCACCGCAAGUUCCAGAGUGCAUGUACAGGAUGACGGAGAUAAGGCAGAUCAGAGUCAAGGGUGGAAUCUAGCAGGUCCAUCUCAUAACAUGCAGGCCCAACCAAUGGAAUUGCACCCUUGGUCGUUCGAAGACACAAUCUUUGAUACCAUGCCUGCACUCGACUUCAGCCAAGUCGACUUUGAACAACUGGGCUUCAACCCCCUGGGUGUCCUACCUUUUGACUAUAUCGGCUACGGUGUCCCCAAUUUCGACUCCCAAUGGAUGCCGCAGAUUUAA